CGCUGUGUGUGUGAAGAGGAGCCUCGGAGCGUGUGUGUUAGUGAGAGAAAGCAUAGCGCAGAGGGAAGGAAGAGGAGAGCAGCGUCAGGAGAGUCAACGCAUGUUGCCAGAUUGAGAGAAGAACGAGGACUAAGGAGGAGGAGAGGGAGCGUUUCGAGUGCUUGAGGGAACGUAGAGGAGAGAGGCAGGGAGGAGAGGCAGUUUGGUCUCAGUCAAGUAGACAGGCAGGCAGGGAGCAGUGUAGAACCGGCAGUGCUGCAUUGUGGAUGUAAACUUUAUCAUCUGCGGGAUCAGCGGGGAGCAGCUGCAGAGCAGGAGGAGAGCGUGCCGGUGGAUUACCAUGUGUGUCCUCUGAAUGCACCAGGAUGCUGCAUCUCCACCGGGGGAAAAACUGGCCGUGGCUCGCCUUCAGAGGGAAGUCGCACGGAGCAAGAGCGAAGGAACAAUGCGAGAAAAGCUGAUCCACGAGCUAGAGGAAGAGCGACGCCUGCGACUGGAGAGCGAGAAGCGUCUCCGGGAAGUGACGGAGGAGUCCGAGCUGGGACGGGCGCAGAUGGUCUCACUGCAGCAGCAAUUCUCCAGGAUGGAAGAGACGGUGCGUUCGCUGCUGCAGAAUCAGGGCGUCGUGGAGCAGACUGCUGUGGACACAGUGGACAUCAUGAAGGCCUACAAGGAUAAACUCUCUGAGGAAGUGCGGAAGCAGCACGACGACCCCGAAGAGAAUGGCUCCCAAACGGACCCCGGGCUCGAUCCUGAUGCCAGCCAAGCAGAAGAGGACAAAGACAAAACCAAACCCCUUCUGGAUCGCCUCAAGGCUCUGGAGGAGAAAAAUUCUGCCUUGGCCUUGGAGAACGAGAGCCAGAGGGAACAGUACGAACGCUGUCUAGAUGAGGUUGCCAAUCAAGUUGUGCAGGCGCUUCUCACCCAGAAGGAUCUGAGAGAGGAAUGCAUGAAGCUGCGAACUCGAGUUUUUGACCUCGAGCAACAGAAUCGAGCGCUGGGAAUUCUGUUCCAGCAGCGGAUCAAGCCCGCCUCAGACCUGCUUCUCCAGAAACUCCACUCUCGGAUCAUGGAUCUUUCUGCAGCAGAUUUGCUUCUGGAGCCAGAGAGAAGCAAAGCCUUCUUACUUUCCAGAAACACAGAAUCUCCCUCCAGUGAGGUUCAGUUGAACGGAAAGGCAGGUCUCCCCGUGGCCAAGUGUCUGAGCCAGCUGAGUCUGACAGUGCCGGCGCCUGUAUACCCGCGCAGCAGCUGUAGCAGUAGUGAGUUGUCCCUGUCAAGUGCGUGCAGUGAAUUCUCCAGCGGCUCCUACACCUGGAAUGAUGGACGCUCCUGUGGGAAAAUGGCAUCUCUGACCUGGGAGAAGAGGCUGAGUUUGGGUUCGUCAGCCCCGAGUAACAUCUGCGCCCCCCCGGAGGAGCCCACGAGGCGCAAAGAGAGCAACAUACUCGAGGGACUGAGAAAGCUCCAGAGGAGGAAACACAGGAGCUCCUCCGUGUCAUCCAAGGUCUCCAAGUCAGACUGCAUGAACUCCAACGAGGGUAUCUACUCCCUGGGUAUCAAGAGUGGCAGUAAAGGGGUGUCCAAGCCUGCCCAUGUGGGUCGACCUUUAGCUGCUGGGGGCAAGAAGUUCUCUUAUGACUCUGAUGACGCUGAUGACGAAUUGGCACAUUCUAGUCGAGGAGAUAACAUCCCCACCAAGGACAGCUGGUUUUACUGUAAGAGGCUCUCUCGCAGCAUCUCGGACAGUUUGUGUAGCUGGGAGGGGAUGCAGGACAGCGGAGGUGGAGGUGAUGUUAGCUUAGUGGCUGCGAAACACCCCUCUGACUGCGACUCAAAAGAGCGUCCUGAGAAACUCAUGAGUUUUAUAGACAGUUUUCUCCCUGAGAGCGGUCGGAAAUCAGCUUUUACAAAACCAUCCUUGCUGCGCUUUAACCAGUCUGAAACAGACGGUCAGAAUCACCUCUCUGACGUGGAUGAUCCAGAAGAACUCAACUCUGAGUCUAGUGACAUCCGAAUGUCCUUUAGCCAGCCACCUGAGCAGGCGGAGAGGGACUCCAAGAGGGUGUCAAGAGACGCCGCCAAGCUGCUUGCACAACAAUGCUUACGCAGGGAGCAGGGACGCACCCAGUCUGCAGACGGGAGGCCCAGGCCUUUCAGCCUCAUAAAGGAGCCCAAAGGGGCAAAGUGUACUCAGUCUGAGGAGAGCAUAUUGGCGAUUUUUGAUGCAGAAGGAGAGCCGAUUGAACUUUGUGCUCAAAAGGUAGCCGCCGGGCUUCGAAAUGACAUUCACAGUAUCAAGGUAGUUCCUGAUUACACAGAGCUUGUGCCCCAAGAGAGGCCGACAAGGCAGAAAUCAGCCAAUGGGAGAAACUACACUGUUCUUGAGUCUCCAGAGAAGCCAUCGGAGUAUCAAAUUAGGUCUAGCAAGACAAGCAAUAGCAGGGAAGGCAGUGCAGAGAGGCUGUCAAUGCAGCUGACCCCACAAAGGAAACUAAUCAAACCGCCAAGCAGCCGACCCACUAAAGUCCACUCAAUCCCUCCCGCGAAUGAUUCGACUGCUUCCAAGUCCGGUGGUUCAAAGAUACCGGGUCGUAACAAACCUUCAGGAUCCCCGCUGAGAUUGUCAAAGGGCUCUUCCACUGAACCAACAAACAGUGGAAACUCAGGACCUUCCAGUCAGGAGAAAUCCCCCUCCUCUCCUGCAGGUAAGAUGUCCAGGUUCAUUAAACAACCAGGAACCUGCACACAGAGCCCAAAAGCGGUGAACUCCAAGCUACCGAGCAGGGCCGAUUGGAGUAAGAGCUCCUCCUCCAGCUCCCCACAGCUCUCAAGGAGGCACCUGGAUUAUGCUGACAAUGGUGAACAGCCCACCAGAGACAAACACUGUGAAACAAGCAAAAAUAAACUCAGGUCCCCGUCUCCUCCCCCUCCCCCGGGCCGCACCACCUCCUUACUGAUCAGACCAAAUUAUGAAGGGUCGCCUCAAGCACAUAAAACAUGGGUGGCUCAAACAUCCACACCAACCACUGUGAGGGGCCCUCCCCCAAGUUACCACACCUCAAUCGUACCAAAUAUGCAAACGACGCUGCCCAUCAAGGAUAAAGACUGUUUAGACUUGGAUGCAGGCUACGGGACUGCACUUGCACCUCAGAAACUGGUAGAGAAGACCAGUCAGCACCUUCAAAAGUCCCCCGCCAUGACUCAGACACCUACAAAAGGCACUUCCAAGAGGAUGACCACGAAAGACUACCUCCCUUCUGCAAACUCAGGGUGUGCUCCAGAAACUGAACAUGCACCUAAAAGCUCAAAGAAUGUCCCUCCUCCCUACAGUGCCCUCAGAGGGUCGUCGCUUCAGAACUCGUUUGCAAAUAAAAGAGGAUCAACCCAAGAAAAUGUUCAUCAGACAGUGCAGAAGACAUCAAUUAGUUUACCAAUAUCGCUUCAGGACACCCCUCAAAGUAAAGCAGAGCCACCAAAAGCUGUUGUCAGUCCUCCGUGCUCUGCUGUUACUUCCCCAAACACUGCAGAAAAAGCCUCAAAGACUCGCAUCCCAAUGGGGUUUAAAGCUUUUCUAAAAUCUCCCCCAAGCCAUAAAAAUACUCCCUCUAUUCCAGGCAAGCAAGAGAAAGAUCAUAUCAACUUAGUCUCCAAGGAAACUGUGACUUCAAAUGCUACGACUCAGUGUGACAGCUUGCAGCCAGCGUACAGUAUUGAUUCACCCAAGAUGUCAGAGGGGAAAGUUGACGCCCAGUGUCGCUUACUGGAAGAAGAAGACGCUGUAGAAGAAGGGGAGGUUUGCGAUAAAGGGAAAAGGAGUAGUCAGCUUUUCUCUAGAUCCAUAUCUGUGACCACCAAACCUCAUCUGAAGCCGGCUUUGGGGAUGAACGGUGCCAAAGCUCGUAGCCAGAGUUUCAGCACUAACUACAUUGAAAAACCCAACAUCAACGCUCUAGAUGGGCCGGGGAAAAUCCGAACACAGAUCAUCACCAACUCAGGUGAAAGGGGGAACUCUUUGUCAAGGCAGAGUUCGUUAGAGGUACCGAGUGUUGAGAGUCCUAUCCAUUCUCCGAGGACUCGGCUAAGCCACUACGGAGGCAUGACAGGGUCAAAUAGUCACAACGUCCUCCCUGAGAGAACUUCCAAAUCUGGCUCCAAAGGCGAAGGGUCACAGGGCAUAACAAAGGGCGAGGCAAUCAGUUCACCUUCUCAAAAAGAGGCGCGUAGCUUACCCAUUAGUGAUCGCAUUGGUUUAAACAACAUCCGUAAGCCCUCAAAGGUUGCCUCCCAUCCACAGUUUCAGCCUCCAUCCUCUUGUGUGUAUAGUUCGGAAAACCCAGUGCGAGAAACAGGAGAUGUUGCAACCACUCCUAAUGAACCAGACUUUAGGAAGGAGGUCAAAAUACAGACAGAUUCUCCAGAUGCGGAGGAGAAAAAGAUCAGCCCAACAGCCUGUACCAUUGAGGAGAAAGUCAUGAUGGGGAUCGAAGAGAACUUGCAGAAAUGUCAAGAACAAGAGAAGGUCGCCGCCAGCGAGGCCAAACAGAAAACAGGCCCCUCUCUGGCGAACUGGUUUGGCCUCCGCAAGAGCAAGCUCCCCGCUCUGAGCGGCAAGAAAGCAGACUCCCCCAAGGCAAAAGAGGAGAAGAAAGAGCUGAAGAUCGGAUCGGUGCUCGGAGGCAAACAGAUCAAGUCUGACAAGAAGAAGGAUAAGAAGAAGAAUGAUAACCAGCAGAGAGACAGUCAGGAGGUGCAGAAUCUGUCCGAGAUGAACAACAAGCUGAGCUCCAUCAUGGACCACUGCAACAACCAGAUGGGCCAGAUCGCCAGCCAGAUCCAGUGUACGACCACCUUCAUCGGCAAAGACCAGCUCGUGAAAGAGCUUCUUGGCAGGACCGCUGUGAAGGGCAACUGUGUGUCUGCGUCGCCGCCUGGGAUGUCCACGCCCAAGAAACACAGCGAAAUGAAGGGAGAUAUGGAGAUCUGUCCAGAUACUGAUACCCUUAUAAUGACUCAGAAGAUCAACCUGAAGGCUGAAAAUGAGGAGGGACACAUCCCAGACACAGCCUGUCAAGACCACAUGAUAGGCUCCGGCUGUCAGAUGAGAACCCUGGAUAGCGGCAUCGGCACCUUCCCUCUCCCCGAUUCCGUCACCCGGGCCAGCGGUCGCCACAUCCCCAAAUCUGAGUCCAGCCCGGAUGGGGUGACCGCCGGCUCCUCUGACCUCCAUCGGGAGCCUCCCUCUUCUCACCCAGACCCCUCACAACCUGAUGUGAAAGUGCCUUCCCUCCCAAAAACCCGCCCGCAUGUCCCCAGCACCAUGGGUCACUCCCUGUCCGACCCCAGUGUGACGUGCAGUAACGACACCCAGAGCCGCCUGCCCAAACUCGCGUCCUCAGAUGCAAUCAGGACAAAGAGGUUGAGUCUUUGUGCUCCACGCAGCAGCAUCUCCACAGAGGACAAAGACAAGGAAACAGAGAGGAGGAUGAAAGCCCAGGACCAUGAUAUGCCCGGUGAAAGAGCUCUGCAAGUGUGCACGUACUCUGGGAGCAGCAGCGAAACCGAGACUGAGCCGGAGGGAACCGGAAGCUCGCCACAAAGGACCCUCAUCAACAGAUCUAAGAAGAGUGACUCAGUGGACCAGAACGAGGAGACCCUGAAGAGAAGCAGCGUGGAGAAAUCCUUGUCAAUCAUGGACUACUACCAGCACGACAUGUACUCACAUCUGGAGAAGGACAGCAGGAGGAUUUCUCAGUACAAUUUGUUGCACAAGGAAGCGUCCCUGGAUGGCAAAGCAGGAGACAGACUCAGUAAGGAGAUUUCCUUGGAGAAGACGCCCGUCGGCGCGAACCCGCCCCUCGACUUCUCCCUGGAGUCCCUGAACAAGCUGAAUCACAGCAGCUCCAGCAGCGGCAGCCUCUAUCCCGACGCGAGCCUCGGCAGCCGCAGAGGUGACUGCCGCGCCGACGCCGGGAGGAGCGGCGAGGACUGCUGCAAGGUGGACGAGCCCUCCUCCUCCAGCUUCUCGAGCAGGCCCGGGGCGGAUCCCGCGGGCUCCCUCAGUGACUCCCUGUACGACAGCUUCUCCUCCUGCACCAGUCAGGGCUCCAACGAGGUGUAGGGCAUCGAGAAGGAAGACAGGGCUGUACAGUGUCCUCUGACAACUUGGACAUGUCCGGUUUUUGUCCUUUCUGGUCAAAUUUUCUUCUUCGGAGUUGAUUUUCAGGUAGAUAACAACCAACAUAAAUAUUAGUGUUUGCAAGUAAAAAAAUGUUCUUGUUCCUGCAAACCAUGAAUACAUAACAUUUCUAUAUCAUCAUGUAGCAGACACGUUGACGCUUAAGCUUUCAGCAAUGCUGUAGUUAACAUGCUGUUUCGGUUAUGGCUCGCAAACAUCAUGUCACGGCUUAAAAUACCCAGUUUGAGUGGCGCUAUCCGUGCUGGAAUUACAGUGAUGUCUGUAAAAACUGCUUUUUAGGAACCAAUCCUGCAGUGUUGGGAGGGUUACUUUUGAAAUGUAAAAGGUAACAGAUAACCUUUUUAAAAAUGCAAUAAGUAAUGUAACUAUUUCAAUCACUUCAUCAAAGUAAUGUCCUAAAAAAGCACGAGUGCAGAGUGCUGCACUGGAAUUAGUCGCAGCAGCUAAUCAGCAGGCUGUCGGAAAUAUGUCAAAAAGACGGCAUUCCUCCACGGCGAAAAGAUGCAAAGCAGCAGAGUGAAUGUUAUCUUCUACGCAAAAAAGCUUAUUACCAAAAAUAACAUUUGGAUGUAAACCCUGUGUUACCACCAACAUCACGUUUUGUUUUUUUCACAGUAACUGUAGCCGAUUACAGUCACAUUUA